AUGUCGAUGGAAGAGUUUAACGAAUUUAGGAAGCAACUCGCUGCAUCUGUGCAGCGACUGAAACAGGAUGUGCGACGAUAUCCGCUUUUUAAUGCUGACUUCUCUCGCUUAAAACCGCCACACCAGCUCGAGGAACAAGAAAACAUUAAAGCUGAGCAGUGGUUAGGAAAGAAAUGCCAAAAUACGGAGUUGACAUCGAAUGAAAGAUGUUGCGUGGCCAUGAAAUUCCCCUUUGUCUGGCUCCGCUGCAAUCGCAGACGCUCGCGGAAAGUUCUAAACCCUGAGCUACAGAGGGUUGCACUAUUGAAGAAACUUAAUAUCGGUAUUGCGAAUGAGGAUCCCCAUAUGGGUAUUUGUCUCUUUCACUGGCGGAUGAUCAAAUACAGAAGGCCAGGUGUUGCAGUGACUAUUGAACAGUUAAAAUCUUGGGAAGCGAAGGAGUCUCGAACAGAAGCAGAUGAUUCCAGUGAAGAUACGAGCGAUGCCAUACUUGCUGAAAGUAGCACAUCUUCCGAUCAUGAAGACUCUGAAGAUGAUACGACUAUGGAGAAUGGUAGACAAAAUACUCAGAGGAGCAAGCUGAACUGGCGAGAUAUGGACAUAAAGCAAAAGAAAACGAAACCACCUUCAAAUCAGGGUGACGAGGGAGAUGAGCACAGAGAUAGCGAGGAAGAUGAAAGAGUUAUGGAGUGGCUUAUGGACACUAUCAGCUGCGAGUCUUCGUAG